AUGGCUUUCCUCCGGAGACUCUUUGGCUUUGGGGAGAAGAAGAAGCCGCCGAAGCAGCACGAGCACAUCAGGCGGGAUGUGGACCCCGAGGAGACCUGGCUGGUGCUGGGGGAGCUGGGUGACGGAGCCUUCGGCAAGGUCUUUAAGGCACAGAACAGGGUGACGGGGGUGCUGGCGGCCGCCAAGGUCAUUGAUGCCCCGAGCGAGGAGGAGCUGGAGGACCAUGUGGUGGAGAUCGAGAUCCUGGCCUGCUGCGACCACCCCAACAUCACCAAGCUCCUGGAUGCGUUCUACUGGGAUGGGCGGCUCUGGAUCCUGGUGGAGUUUUGUCCCGGAGGGGCCAUGGAUGCAGCAAUUUUGGGGCUGGAGAAGGGGCUGAGCGAGGAGCAGAUCCGAGGCGCCUGCAGGCAGCUCCUGCUGGCGCUGCAGUACCUGCAUGGCUGCAGCAUCAUCCACAGGGACAUCAAGGCUGGCAACAUCCUGCUCACCCUCGAUGGGGACAUCAAGCUGGCUGAUUUUGGGGUGUCGGCCAAGAACUCCAGCACCGUCCAGCGGCGCGUGUCCUUCAUCGGCACCCCGUACUGGAUGGCCCCGGAGGUGGUGCAGUGUGAGAUGUCCAAGGAGAGCCCCUACGGCUACGAGGCUGACAUCUGGUCACUGGGCAUCACACUGAUCGAGAUGGCCGAGAUGGAGCCCCCCUACCACGAGCUGAACCCCCUCCGGGUGCUGCUGAAGAUCACCAAGUCCCAGCCACCCACCUUGAGGCACCCCAAGAGGUGGUCUGAAGACUUCAAGGACUUCCUGAGGAGAUCCCUGGAGAAGAGCCCUGAGGAGCGGUGGUCGGCCACCCAGCUCCUGCAGCACCCCUUCGUGGUGGGCAUCUCCGACAAGCGGCCACUCCGGGAGCUGGUGGCCAAGGCCAGGGCUGAUGUGCUGGAGGAGAAGAAUGAGGAGGAAGGUCCCGUCCUCUUGCUUGGGGGGCAGGAGCAUGGAGAGUCCUCCUGCCCCCCAGCACCGGGCGGUCCAUUGGAUGCAGUGGGGAGAGUCAGUGAGGAGCUGAGCACCUCAUCUGACGUCCAGAUGGUGGCAGAGCCCCGGACCAAGAAAGCAUCGGACUUCUUAAAGCAGAUGAGGAGAAGGUCCUCGCCCGAGCCCAGGCUCUCCAUGAGGCUCCCCAAGAGGCCACCCGAGUUCCUGCAGCUGAUGCGCCGCAGGUCGUUCUUUGGAGGGAUGAAAUCCCAGGAGGCAGUGAAGGACCAGCCUUGGCCAGAGCUGGGUGGGAUGGAGGUGACGCCACUGGAUGCUCCUCCAGGGACAUCAGUCCCAGCAGAGGCAGGAGGAGAAGCUCAAGGGUGUCAAGAGGAGGACACCAGCCCUCUGGGGACUCACUGCAACGUGGCUGAGAUCCCCUCAGGGCCACAGCAGGCAGGAGACCUUGUGGGGCUGCAAGAGCUGAAGCCAGAGCAGGUUGGACCCAAGGCAGAGCAGGUUGGGCCCAAGGCAGAGCCCCAGGAGGAAACCCAACAUGCUGACACAUCACCGGUGACCAAAACGCCCAUGGAGGGGUGGCUUGAAGCCCAACCAAGCCCCACUUCCAUCCCCAAAAGGAAUACAGAAGAGGAGUCGAGCAGAGGCCCUACUUGUACCUCACUGGCCCAGCCUGCACCCAUGGAUGGGCACUGGUGCAGAGCCUUGGCCGUGGGGCAGCUGGUGGCAGCCCUGGACCUGUGGACCACGAGGACCAAGGCACAGAGCUUCACGUCACUGGCAGAGCAUCAGCACCGGGUUACUCGGUCAUUGCAAGACCUGAAGCCCGUCGCUGAGCCCAUGGACCUGGGCGAGCAGGAGGUGGGGAGGAGCGAGGAGGAAGCCACAGACAGUGCUCAACCUGGGGUGGAAGCUUCUCCCAGUGAAGGGCUGGUGCCAGCAGAAGCGAAACUGGAAGAGGAUGUUGUCCAAGGGUGUUUAGUUGGAGACGAUAAAGCAGCGGGAGAUGCAGCCAGACCUGGGGAAGGGAUGCUGGAAGGAGAAGAACUGGGGACAACCUCUAUAGCGUGUGCAGGACAGGGACCUGCAAGGGAGGAGGCCCAGAAUUCCUCUUCGAUGGAGAUCCCAGGGCCUGUUGAAGAAGAAGCAGAAGAGAAAGUGGGAAACAGCCCCGGGGACAAGCCAGGAGUUGGGAAUGGCUGGAAGGGGCAGCAGGAAGAUGAUGGAGAGCUUGGAGAAGACAGGGUGAAAAUUGCUCCAGGUCCUGAAGGACCAUCAAAGGAUGGACCUGGAGAGGAGAUGGGUGGUUUGGAGGCUCGUGGAGAGAUGCCAGAGCCCCAGGAGGCCCUUGGUGGACAUCCAAAGGCCACAAAAAGCGUGAGGUUCAAUGCUGUCCUUGUCCGUGCCUCUUCCCAGGCAUGGGCAGUGUGGGAAGUGGAUCCAUCCAUCACAACAAAGCGUGGAGAGGAGCAGUCUGUGGAGGGACAAGGUCCAAGUGUCCUCCCUGCAGCAGCACAGACUUUGCCUGGGGAAGCCCAGGAGAUGCAGGAACCUGCCUCGCUCCAAGUGAUGGUCAAGGAACCCCCCAGGUUUGGGGUGGAUGGGGAGGACAUGAGAGCAACGACCACCAGAACCAUCGGCAAGGCUGGGAUGAGAGAUGAGAUGAUGCGCUCUGCUCGGCGCCAGGAGCUCCGUGAGCUGCGGGUGCUGCAGAAGGAGGAGCAGCGAGCUCGGAGCCGGCUGGAGCACAAGUUCCACCACCAGCGGGAGCAGAUGUUCCGCCACAUCGAGCAGGAGAUGAUGAGCAAGAAGGAGUUCUAUGACCGGGAGGUGGAGAGCUUGGAGCGGCGCCACCGGCAGCUGAAGGAGCAGCAGGAGCUCAAGUACACGGUGAAGCUGCGUGAUGAGGCCAAACGCCUCAAGUCCCUCCAGGAGAAGGGCUGUGGGAGGAGGAUGCAGGAGCUGAAGGGUGAUAGGAGAGAGGAGCAGCGGUUCCUGCAGCAGCAGCAGGAGGAGCUCAACGCAGCUCUGCAGAAGGUGGUCCAGGAGCACAAGAAGAAGAUGCUGUCCAUCGACUGGGAGUGCAUCAGCAGGAUCCACAGCCUCCGGAGAGCCCGUGAGUCGGUGGUGUGGAGCAUGGAGCAAGGGCACCUGCAGGAGAAGUACCAGCUCUUCAAGCAGCAGGUGAAGGAGCAGCACGCGAUGCAGAGGCUGCAGCUCCGCAAGCGCCACGAGAAGGAGAUGGAGAGGAUGAACCGCUUCCACCAGCUCUUGCUGGAGGAGCUGAGGAGCCAGCAGGCGCAGGAGCAGGCUCGGCUGCUCAAAAGCCAGCGCUCCACCACCAAAACCCGCCUGGCCCUCUUCAAGGACAACCUGAAGAUGCAGGAGGCUCAUGGGGGCAAGCAGAGGGAGAAGGCCCAGCAGUUCGUGCAGCAGGAGGAGAGGUGGCAGCAGCUACAGCAGCAGCAGGCUGAGAACCUGGCAGAGCUGGAGCAGAUGCAGAGUGAGAAGAUGCAUCUCUUGGCCGAGCAGGAGCGGCGGCAGCUGGGGCGGCUGGACCAGGAGCACGCCAUGGAGCUCAGUGCGUGGAGGCAGCAGCUGGCAGCCCGCAUGGAGGUGCUGGAGGAGGAGCUGGGGAAUGCGCUGCUGGAGCUGCACGGUGCCCACAGCAGCACCAAGAUCACCCACUGCUACCACCUCCCCUCCUGACACUGCUGCAGAGCACUGGGGAGUGAGAGCAGGCAGGUCCCACGGCUCUUCUGGGACAUGGGACUGAAGGACCUCAAGAGGCAACAUGGGGAACAGCAGCCCUGGGGUGCUGGGCAGGAUGUGGUGUGGAUCUCAGGCAUUGGUGGGUCCAAGUCCACCCUCACUGUGCUGGAGGGGCUGGGGUGAAGGAGCUGCCACCUCAAAUCACCCCAGAAUCCCCUUGGACUCGAAGCUGUGGGUACUUCCCAUGUGGAUCUCCCCUCAGCUGAACUCCAGGAAAUAUAUCCUUCAUUAACAAAA